AUGCAGCAAACGUUUGAUCCAGGCGAAAAGGGAGGCGGCUCGCUCGGCGAGCACCACGCUUUUGCGAAGAAGGCUACAGAUGGAGAAAUAUACAAACAUUCCGACUUGCAGUACUUGGCAGAUGAAGUACUAUUUUAAUCUCGGUCUCGCCCUAUCUACUUCUCCAUGAUUUAUUAGAGAAAUGUGGAUAUUAUCGCUAACGAUAUGUAUUAAAAAUAAGUAGCUACAGCUCAAUUACAAUUAGAACUACUGGAAGUAGUCCAGACUGUCCUCAACGCUAUAAUGACUAUCACGCAGGUUCUUCCGGGUAUUUUCCUCCACACGAAGCAUUUUCGCAUGCAAAGGAAAAUAUGGGUGGCAGAGCUCCUUUUUCUGGUCGUUUUGGAAAUAAUAUUUGUGAUGGAACUGGUCGGACACUGCAAAUUUAUUGGAGCCUUCACCGCACCAAGGUGCGAGCGCUGUUAUUCCGACAUGUUUCUCUUCGUCGCUUUUGGGACGGGUGUUCUCUGGCUGCUGCACCUAUACCUGUUUAUAUUGCUUUAUGAGUAGACUUGUGAUUAUACUGCUUGUGCUUUUCUUAAUCAAUCAACAUGGGGCUUUGCCUUUGUUCUUUUAUUUAGCAAUCCUAUUAUACCUGUGCUGGGAGGUCUCGUCUUAUCAAAUAGAAGAUACAGAAGAGUAGAAAGAGAUGAAAAAAAAGAAAAAUAUUUUUCUCUUCAUUGUCUUUGUCUUAGCGCUCAUCUCUACCACAUUGGUCGCCACAAUGGUCGCAUGAAUUCCCCUUUUCAUUCUGCGAAGUCAAAGGGGUUUUACAUCACGCGGCAAGUUUUAAAGCAGGGAGUCUAUGCGACUUACGAAGGGGUAUUUACCGAUAUGGCGCUAAACACAUAUUUCGGCUUCAGCUUUGGACUCGCAACAAUGUGGUUCGCGGGUACUUCACAAUCUAUUUGAUGUCAAACUUUUGAUUUUGAAUAAUUUUGUAAUAGCUUUUUCAGGAGGUGGGUGCGUACCAUGAUUUUUGAUUUCAUCUAGUAAAUAUAGUUAUUUUCAACCAUCACGGCUGCAGGGGGUGCUCACGGCCUAUGACCCUGACCCUCUCUACCACUAUGUGUGGUAUGCUCAUCGGUCUGUUCGGUGCUGUUGUUUUUCUCAAUCAUUCUCAUUACCUCCGAUCAGUUUUACCCUUCCUCUGGCUCUACCGUCCCACCUCCACCUCCUUAAUUCUAACUAAGUAAUUUUUAAUUAGAUGAUAAACCUAAUAAAAUAUAAGUGAAUUUAUUAGAUAAAGGAACAGAAGUCAUCACCAGGCACAUAGGAAAGUACGCCAUGCUUCAACAGAGAGUAAUUACGGGCAUGUACCAACCAGCUCUCUCUGGUCGGCCUCCUUCUUCUUUCCCAAAUCAACUUUAGGAUGAGAGAAACGAAAGGAAGUCGUUGAACUUCGACUCAAGGAAUGAGUUAGUAACUAUCUAAUGAAAGCGCCUACAAUUAUCUAAACAAUUUCAUCAUCCUUCUUAUUUUCAACUACUUCUGCAGUCGUCUUCGUGAGGUACAGCUGCGUGAUGGAACAAGGAGUACAUCCAUACAUUGAAGAAGAUAGCGAUAGUAAUUGUAGUCCAACAUUAACUUCCUGCUCCAUCGCCAUCCCCAUCGAAGAUGCUUUUUUAGGUGCGUUCGCUGCGUUCGAGAGCCAUAUUGUCUGCGUCGGAGCUGGUGCCGGUUACGAGCGGCCGCGAAGCCAGCUGCUUGUUUACAUUAACACUGCUACUCUCUGUUUUCUCCCACUAUGCAUGCUUUUCAGGAUGUGAAGGUCGUGUGCAUAAGAUGAAGGAAUGUCAUUGCUCCUUCUGCAUCUGCUGUAAUAGAGGGAGUAGAACUCGAUUUGAUACUUCCCGUUUUCAAAAAAGACUCCAGCAUAUACACGACGACCACAGCACUACUCCUGAAAACUCUAAUUGUUGAAGCAAGC